AUGCAUUCCUUCCUCAUCCUCGCCGUGCUCGUCGUGGCCGUCUCGACGUUCACCCAGCUGCCCUCCACCUACACGACGAAGCAGAAGAAGGACGCGUGCGCGGAUUACUGCAACGGCCAGGCUACCUCCCUGUCGACCGGGUUCGCCUUCCAGAGCAGCGGCUGGGAGCUGUGCAACUGCGCGCCUGCUCAGGCUACCGGAAGCUGGAGCGCGUCGAGCUGCUACUCUUCGUGCUACAGCCGCUGCCAGAGCACCCUUGGCUUGUGCGCCUGGAACUAUGCCACCAACACUGAUUAUCAUGGUCUGUGCUGCACGAACUCGAACACCACCACUUCCGUCUGGAACACUUGCUUCAAGAACGGAACCGGUCUCUGCUACCAAGCC